AUGCUGCUGCAGGAUAGUGAACCACCAAUGCUGGGACAGGUGUGUGAACCACCCAUGCUGGGACAGGUGAGUGAACAACACAUGCUGGGACAGGAUAGUGAACAACACAUGCUGGGACAGGAUAGUGAACCAUCCAUGCUGAUGCAGGAUAGUGACCCACCCAUGCUGGGACAGGAUAGUAAACCAUCCAUGCUGGGACAGGAUAGUGAACCAUCCAUGCUGAUGCAGGAUAGUGACCCACCCAUGCUGGGACAGGAUAGUAAAGCAUCCAUGCUGUCACAGGAUAGUGAACCUCCCAUGCUGGGACAGGAUAGUGAACCAUCCAUGCUGGGACAGGAUAGUGAACCAUCCAUGCUGAUGCAGGAUAGUGAACCAUCCAUGCUGAUGCAGGAUAGUGAACCCAUGCUGGGACAGGAUAGUGAACCAUCCAUGCUGGUGCAGGAUAGUGAACCACCCAUGCUGGGACAGGAUAGUGAACCACCCAUGCUGGGACAGGAUAGUGAACCAUCCAUGCUGGGACAGGAUAGUGAACCAACCAUGCUGGGACAGGAUAGUGAACCACCCCUGCUGAGACAGACUGCAGGGAUCAAAAUAGUGCUAGAUUUAUGUACAGUGGCACAUGAACAAUUUGUUGAAUUUUAUGAAAUCACUGGUCUUAUGUUGCAAGACAUUAUACAACAAACUGUUCACGUGGGCGUGGCAGAAUGGGUGUGUCUCACUGUGACUUCAGGCACACUAGAGACCAACAUGGCUGCAAAGGAGAGUCAUGGCGUAACAGUCAGUGGAGCUAAAUUGAGCUGA